AUGAAAAACUAACUUUUUCCUUUAAAUGAUAAACAUAGCUUUUAUUUUUCUCUAGGUAUUUUUGAAGAAAAUUAGCAAAAUAAUAUUGAGAAUAAUCCUGAAAUAAUUAAUUAGUAAGAUUAGCAUAUUGAAUUUAAAUAAAUUAAAAUACAAAAGAAUUCUCAAAUAUAGUGUAAUAAUAAUCCAAUUAAAAAUUUUAUAAACCAAUAAGAUUUAAAAUUCUAGCUUGAAAAUAUAGUUGAUUAAGAAAACAAUAAUGAAAAUAAUUAAAUAUUUCAAGAUCAUCACAGAGAAAACAUAAAUGAAAAAGAGCAGAAUGAAUAUUUCAAUUAAAAAAAUUAAACUUUUCAUUAUUUUAUGAAAUAGGCUCUAAGCUAACUGAUAUCCGAAUAAAUAGGAUACAAAUUAGUUGAAAGAAAAUUUAAUUCAUCUAAAAAACUUAAUUAUUUUUAAUAGCUAAAAGAGUAAUACUAAGAUAAUAAUUUGAACAUAAAACUAAUUUUAUAUUAAACUGAAAAUAUUUAAAUAUCUAAAAAUAACUUAUUUCUCAAUUUGUGCAAUUUAUUAUCAGCAUUUAAUAUUUAAGUUAUUAUUUUUUCUAAUAGAAGAGGAAGCAACUUUAUCGAGGAAUGUGCAAACGAAACAUUUAUAUGGGAUGAUUAAGAAAUAAUCAAAGUAUUUUAUUCUGCAGAAAAAAUAGUUUAGUACUUAGUUUGCAAAAGAGAUUAAUUUGAUAGAUAAGCUUAUUUUUCAUUUAUAUAACAUUUUUGA